AGAAGUGCAAAGCCUGCAGCUCCAGAGUGAGGCUCAAACUUUUUCUUAGCUUUCCCCCUGAAACUGUUAAACAAGUGUGUCUCCGUCGUGUGGAGUAGUUUGUCUAGUAGUGUGUUUUUAUAAAGAGGAGCUGGUGGGUUUGUGUUUUUUUAAACGCACCGCUGCAACUGACAGCUGUGUGUGGAAGGUAAACAGCUCGGAGCUAACAAGGCUAACAGGCUAAAUGCUAACUAGCCUCUGAGCUGCUAAAGCCGUCGAGAGAGAGCGGAGCUAACAGGCUAACAGGCUAGCUGGGCUAACCUGAGGGUUACAUCACCAGGACUCUGCCAGCUCCCUCCCAUCACACACAUUGUUUUUUUUAAAGUCAAACUGCUGCUACUAAAGAAAAAAAAAAGAAAGGAUUUUGUAUUUUUUUCCUUUUUUUCCCCUAAUUUUUUUUUGCCACAACAGCACUUUCCAUUCAUGUUGUUUAUUGAGGGGGGGAGACUUUCAGCAAAGCUCCUGUUCUGCAAGUUAAGGAGUGAGAGUGCGUCGUCCCAGCUGAGACGCUGAAGUCCCCGGUCCUUCACCCCAAACAGAAAGGUGCCAACAGAGGGACAGGAUGCCUAUUCCUCCCCCUCCCCCUCCUCCCCCAGGACCCCCGCCUCCCCCCACCUUCAACGAGGCAAAUACGACUGCUCCAAAGCUGACCUCGUCCGAGUCUAAAGGCAGAGGAGCGCUGCUGACGGACAUCUGCAAAGGCGCGAGGCUGAAGAAGGUCGGUGUGGUCAGUGACCGGAGCGCACCCGUUAUAGAGAAAUCAGGAGGAGGCGGCGGCGGUGGAGGAGGAGGAGGAGGUGGUGGAGGAGGAGGAGGUGGUGGCGGUUUUGGAGGUGGAGGUCCGAUGGGAAUGGGAGGCCUUUUCCAAGGAGGAGUACCCAAAUUACGCCCAGUUGGAGAUGGUCCAGCAGGUGGUUCGGUUGGCAGAUCAGCUCUGAGGCCCCCAGGUUCCCGACCUGCCGCCCCUCGCCCCCCUACAGGCCGCUCCCCCUCCCCAGUUAACAAACCCUCCCCACCGGAGCACCAGCGCUCCCAUCGUCCCUCGCUGCCCGACAUCUCGCGUCCCACCAGCAGCAGCAGCUCCUCCUCCAGCGGCGGGAUGAAGCACAGCACCUCCGCUCCUCCCCCUCCUCCGCCAUUCAGCAGGGGGGGCCGCGGCAACGCCCCGCCCACCCCCAACCUGAAAGCACCUUCUUCCUCAUCCUCCUCUCACAGCAGGGAGAAGCCCCUCCCUCCGACCCCCAACAGAGGCCCCACCCCUCCCAGCUCCGUAAAGCCUCCUUCUUCCAGCAGACCCCCGACCGGCGGCUCCGCGGCCCCCCCUCCCCCGCCGCCGUACAGACCGCACACAUCCAACGGGCCCUCGCACAUCGACGGCGCCCCCGAGCUUCCUCAGAGGCACAACUCUCUGCACAAAAAACACUCGUCAUCCGGAGGCGGCACCCAAGGACGAAGCCACGCUCCGCCCCCCCCUCCGUCACCGUCUCCAGCCGCACUGCAGGGGGGGGUCAGACCACCGCCGCCACAGAGAGACCCGCCGGGGCGCAGAUCAGCUCCCCAGGUUCCCCCUUCCGCCGGCUCUCGUAACAACGGCCGUGAAGCCCCUCCUCCCCCGCCCCCGUACCGAGGCCACAGCUCUUCCAACGCCUCAGAGCCCCACAUCCGAGGAGCCAAACCACCGCCUCCUCCUUCCUCUUCCUCCUCCUCAUCAACCUCCUCCCGAACCCCGGCCGGACCCCCUCCACCGCCCCCGCCCAUCCGGAACGGCCACUCCUCCAUCUCCUCCUCCAAGUCCAUCAUAGAUGAUUUUGAGUCCAAGUUCAACUUCCACCCCAUUGAAGACCUUCCACCUCCGGAGGAGUACAGACAUUUUAACAAGGUCUACCCCAGCAAGAACAACAAGGCCACGAUGAGAGUAGCUCCUCCAGCGCCUCCGGUGAGCAGGUGAACGGACCCUCAGCUCAUGACUUGAACUCUCAGUCAGCCGACUCGACGGACGGUCGCGAGGGGAAGCGCUCGAAUCCAUAAACACACCACCACAACAAAAAACCAACAAAAACAACACUAACACUAAACCACCAGCUGGAAGCACAGCGGAAAAUGCAACGUGAAACACUACAGCCACGCAGGUUUGACACUACUCGUCAGUCACCGUCUGUCUUUGCACGAGAGAACAAAAAAAAAAAAAAAAAAAACACUCGAGAAACAGACUCGACACUUUCUCUUUUUUUUUUCACACUGUGACCACGACGACUUCUCCUCCUCCUCUGCUGACUGUACGCAGAGGCUUCUGUUCAACACUACAUAUCAGGACCAAACUCUAGAAAACUUCCAAAUCUGUGCAUUCCAUCUUUUUUUCUUCUUUUAAUGCAUAUUCAUGAUAAUAAUGGUGAUUUUUGCUUAAUAACAGAAUAUGUUAUUUUUGGGGGGGGGGGGGUGUCAGCGUUGAUUUGUGGGUGCAAAGAAUUCAACUCUACGAAUGGAAACUGUCUUUUUGAAGUUUGAAGUUUUUCAUCAGAUGAAUUCAAUUCAACAGUCUUCCCCACACUGAUGAUACAUGCCAUGAAUGAAUGUGGAGCUUAUAAUUGAUUAUUUGUUUUGUUUUAUUUGCUUAAAUAGCCAUUCCUGCAGUGCCAGGUGAGGGUGCGUUUGAAUCCCAACUCUUUCUGUCUCAGUGUGCCAAAAGCGGGUGGAGUCAAGUGAACUGCACAGAGUUAGGACAGUUUCCAUAGAUGAUGUUCUUUACAUAUAUAUAUAAAACUGACAUUUUGGAUUUCUCUUUUAUUCCUUAUGGAUGAAAAUGCAUUACUGGAAAGCUUGCCAAGUUAUGACAGAAGCCUCGCCAGGUUGUUUAUUUUUUAACAUUCGGAGAGGGGUUAUUUCCUGCUUUUCUCUCUCUCUCUACUUUCCUUUAAUUUUUUUGGAGGGAGAGGAGUGGGGGGUGUUUAUGUUUCCAUCUUCAGGCGAUGUUGCACGGCAGCUUCACUGCUCAAACCCAACCGAGACACUGUGCAUGACGCUCAUUUAUGCACUUAUAAGAAGAUGCGAGCAUGCGAUCAGGAGUGAAUUCAUGUUUAAUGUAACACAAAACUUUAAUGUGUCUGAUAAUAGCCAGCAUCUUUCUCCAAAAACACUUAGGCCAACACUAAAUUAUUAUUAUCAUUAUUAUUAUUUGUUUACUGGACCAAGUUUAAAUGAUUUUAGCUACAGAGUUUCGGAGACGUUUUAUAAGGGAUCAUUUGUCACUUUUUUUUUUCUCCACAGAAUUUCCUCUUUGCAGGGAAGUCGGUAUAAAAAAAGCUCAGCUCUGUUCUGAAUCCAUAAUUGUACCUUUUUGCUGCUGGUGGGCCUUUUCUUUUCUUUUCUUUUCUUUUUUUAUAGAAGGACUGUAAGACCAGAGAAAGAUGAUUUGUUGUUUUAUUGCUAUGCAAGGAACAGUUUGUACAGAUUGUAGUUGGUAGCGGCUAACCAAAAAAAAGACAAAAACAAACAAAAGAAGGAACACUUAAGUGCCAGAGAACUAUUUUUUUGUUUUUUGUUUUUUAGCAGAUGGAGGUUUUUACUUCACUUUUCGUUAUUCUGAACCAUUUAGCUUGACUUUAAAAAAAAACAAAACAAAACACUAAUUACAUCAUAUUCAAACUAAAGAUGCCAUGCAGGGAAAUGAACAAUAAAAGAAUAAAGUAAGUUGAGGUUAAAUCAAUUCUCCAUUCUCAGUGCUGCGGCGCCUCCUGCUGGUUUUUGCCUUACACACAUCUGUUGUCACUCUCAUCGGUACCAGUGAUUUUUAUUUUAUUUUGUUUGUUUUAUAGGGGGGGGGAAAGAUGAUGACAACUAAGUAAAUAAGAAACUAUUUGAAAAAUGCAAUAAAUAUUGUAUAUUUACAUUAAGGAAUAUGGUAAUCAUAGUUAUUGAUCUAUUUUUAUGUUGUAAAAAGCUUGUAAUAUAGGAAAGAGAAAUGAUUAAGAGUUAUAACAAUGUUCCAGUCGGUGAGCUUUGGUCUGAUAGAGCGGACUCUCUGUAGCACUUCUCUGGAUGUUUGGCCAUAAGGGUGAAUGAGCUGGAUGGAUGGAUGUGAGGUUUUGCCAACGAGCCAACACUUUUUAGGGAUCCUGUUUGUAAAAUUUAAAAAAUUUGAAGAAAGAAAAAAAAAAAAAUUAGCAGGAAAGUAGUGAAGGUGAGUCUGGGAGGUGGAAGACGGCAGCAGCACAAGAAAAUCAACAACAAUAAAUGUAACUGCACUUCCUGUCCUGGAUGUUUGCUCACCUUGUCCACUCUCAGAGCAGAAACCCUGUGGUCAUUUCAUGUUAAUCAACCAUGUUUUUAUCAUCUGAAAUAAUUUUCAAUAAAUAUGUUCCUGUUGGGGGAAAAAGGGUACCUGA